UUUCUUUUUUUGUUUUGCUUUUUUCUUAGGGUAAUAAAUGCAGGGAAGAGCACGCACAACGAAGAUCAAGCAAGCUGUGAAGUCCUCUUUGUCAAGAAAAAAGCUGGAGGCAGUAAUUCUACACCAAACAAGAACUCUUCAACAAAGCGGAGGUCAUCGCUGCCCAAUGGAGAAGGUCUCCAGCUGAAAGACAAUUCAGACACAGAUGGGAUCAACCUGUACUACUGGUCCUUGUUUGAUGGACAUGCUGGGUCAGGGGCAGCUGUGGUGGCUUCCAAACUGCUGCAGCACCAUAUCCUGGAGCAGCUGCAGGAGAUUGUGGACAUCCUGAGGAACACAGCUGUCCUCCCACCCACCUGCCUGGGAGAGGAGCCUGACAACCCAUCCACCAACAGCAGGACACUGACACGGGCGGCCUCCCUGCGUGGUGGUGUGGGAGCCCCGGGCUCGCCCAGCACGCCUCCAACACGCUUCUUCACUGAGAAGAAGAUCCCACAUGAGUGCCUGGUUAUUGGGGCCAUAGAAAGUGCAUUCAAGGAAAUGGAUUUGCAAAUAGAGCGAGAGAGGACCGUGUAUAACAUUUCUGGCGGCUGCACAGCCCUAGUGGUGGUGUAUUUGUUGGGCAAGCUGUAUGUGGCAAAUGCUGGUGAUAGCAGAGCUAUAAUAAUCCGAAAUGGCGAAGUCAUUCCAAUGUCUUCAGAAUUCACUCCAGAGACUGAACGCCAGCGACUUCAAUAUCUGGCUUACAUGCAGCCCCACUUGCUGGGAAAUGAAUUUACACAUUUAGAGUUUCCACGGAGGGUGCAGCGCAAGGAAGUUGGAAAGAGGAUGCUGUACCGUGACUUCAACAUGACUGGCUGGGCAUACAAAACCAUUGAGGAAGAUGACUUGAAGUUUCCCCUUAUAUAUGGAGAAGGCAAGAAGGCUCGGGUUAUGGCAACAAUUGGAGUGACCCGAGGACUGGGAGACCAUGACCUGAAAGUGCACGACUCCAAUAUAUACAUCAAACCUUUCCUGUCCUCAUCUCCUGAGGUGCGAGUCUAUGACCUCCUGCAGUAUGAGCAUGGGCCAGAUGAUGUUCUGAUCCUAGCUACUGAUGGACUCUGGGAUGUGCUGUUAAAUGAAGAAGUAGCAGAAGCUGUCACUAACUUUCUACCAAACUGUGACCCUGAUGAUCCCCACAGGUACACGCUGGCGGCGCAGGACCUGGUGAUGCGAGCCAGGGGAGUGCUGAAGGACCGGGGCUGGCGGAUAUCCAACGACAGGCUGGGCUCUGGAGACGACAUCUCUGUCUACGUCAUCCCUUUGAUACACGGCAACAAACAGUCGUGAGGGGAGCACCAGGAGUGCUUACAGGAUGGCGACCUCUGUGGGAAGGGCCUGUAAGAGACAAUAGGUUUUUGGUGGUCUGACCAGGACACUUCCAAUUGAUGUAAUCUAGUCAAAACUAAUGCUGGAGGGGUAUUUUUCUGCCCAAGAGGUAGGGCUCUGCACAUAUACUGUAUAUGAUUAAAGAUAACCCUUAAGACUCCAAUUUCCCUGCAGAAAUGGUUUUGGUGCUUAACAGGAAUGGGAUUUAAAUGCUGCUAGCAUAUUAUGGAUUCUGUCAUCCCUCUAGGUGGGGUGGGGAAUUAAUUUUUUUCUCAGUUUACCAUGUAGCUUGGAAGAGCCAUUUCAGUUGUGAAAGUAGGUGUCAGAAGCCAAGGAGGCUCCUGAAAUCUACCCCCAAAUAUUCAGAAGGGGACUUGGGUCACAUCUCAUUUAAGAAUAUAGAUAUACAUAUAUGAGACUCAAGAGUUUUCUUCUUUCAGAAAGUUGUAUUCAUGACUUAUCUAUGGACAACUUCAAGCUUAUGUAAUCCUUUGAACCCCUAUUUUCCUCUCUUGUCUCUUCUUCAGUAGACUAUACCUCCUGUAUUUUAGUAGGAAAACUGAAAUGGGUUUCAGUGUGACUAUGCCUGUUUACUGCAGCUAAAACAGACACCUGCAAAGUUGUCCAGGAGAAAUAGGUCACAGUCCUGUAUGGCAGAAUUCAUCCUGGUGUGAGGAGUUAGUUGUCAAGAUUUCUUGUUGUGUGGAUACCAUGAUUAUACAGAGCAUGCAAACUCAGCUUUAUGUGAUGUUUACCUGGAGGCCAUGGUUUCUUUGGGAUCAGAGAUUUACAUUCAUUGAAUGGUUCUGCCUGCUUUAUCCUGUUGAAAGGAUCUCUGACCAUAAAAUUCUCCCAUUAGUUGAGAUUUAGUAAAUUUGUUUGGGCUCCUGAGUGUAUUUUCAGUUGGACUUCUACUUGGAGGAGUGGUAUUGUUCUCAUUAGCAAUUUGGAUACCCAGAUAGUGAUCUAUUUCAAAGAUGGUUCAGUUCUUCCUGCCUCAUUUAUUUUUACCUCACCUGCUUGACUUCAGUGAUCACAAAGGGACAGCUUCAAACUUUGUCCUCUUGGCAUUGAGAAUUGUACUCAAGGAUCACAAGAUGACUGUGAUAGAUACAAGCCCUUGGCUUGCUUCAGCAGCUGUUUUCUUAGCAGCGAUAAGUCCAUUUAAAUAAAGAAAACUUGUGUUAAACACUAUUGACAUGAAAGCCGUAGUCCAGGAGAAAAACAAGUGAGCAAGUCUGCAGUGUAACCUGGCUGCUUAGUCCAUGCAGGUAGGUCUCUUACUUCAUUGUCAGGAGUUCAAGAGAAAACAAAAUCAGAAAGAUCUAGGAGGUAUAUUGGCUGGGGAGCCAACAUCCACCUCAUUUGUGUCCAGACCACAUUACGGUGGAGCUGUUCAUCUGGUUUGUACUUCUUCAAUAAGAAAAAAGACAGGGAGCUGACAUCAUUGUAGGACACUGACUAGGAAGCUCACAAACGUUGUGUCCUUUCCAGAAGAGAAGGAGAUGCUGUGCCCUUUGCAGACUUUCUCCUGAACAGGUGUGGCCCCGAGCUUGCCGGUUCUGUAAUUUAUGAUGUGCUGUGUAAACACGGCGCAGCCCGAGUGCGGUGCAGCUGCCCAGAUGCUGGAUUUGACUGCAUCCAGAAGUACAGUUUGGUGGAUUUAAACUACUCUUGCUCCAAAUCUCUAGACCCAGAAAACUUUCAGGAUGAAAGCAGGCAAUGUGGAGAGUGGAACAGCUCAAACAUUGCAACAAGCUGUGUGAUUUUAGCCUGGAAGCUGUUCAUGAGUUCCCUAGUGCCUCAUGUGAUAAAGCUGUACAGAAUGUGGACGUUUUAUAUUCUAGAGCUUCAGUAUAAAUCAAUGGCAUAUCUGAUUACGUAUUUUCAUGCUUUCUUUCCUUAUUUUUUUUUUAUCUUUACCUCCUUUUCUAUGUGCAUCUGGGUGAAAAGAGAGGCUUGGAGUCUAGAAUAUUUUUCACAUGGCCCUUCACAUGUUUUAAAGUUUAAGCAAGAGAUCCUCUCUUGCACUAUUCUUUUUUUUUUGGCCUAAUAAACUUAUAAACGUGCUUUUCAUGCUCUAUGUAACUCCUGUUGUCUCUUUGCAAAUGCAGUUGUGUAGCCCUCUAGCAAUUCAUCCUCUUUGACAAAAAAAUUAGUGAUGGCAAAUCUGGUGAAAUCAUCUGAACAGCAAAGAUGCUGGUGUUUGCUGGUACCAACUACAAGCCCAAGUCAAAUAUUUCAGUGCUCAUGCACUGUUGGUCUUCAUUUGGUAGCAUGGUGUCAACACACAUACCAGUCACUAUAAAACCACUGAGUGCAAUGUGGGGGAAGUAGAUUUCCAGUGCAGCAUUUGCCAAAAUUUGAAAGUGAAACUCCAAGGCAAUGGAAAAGGCACCUUCUCAUUCAGGGGUGUUUUUAAAUGUACCCCUGAAGAGAUGGGUUAGCAGACUGCAUGGCUUGGUGGGAGCGAAGUGGCAGGUUACUUUCUCAGAGCAUGAUCUGUUGGGCUGGUGAAUCAGCCUGCACAGUGUUUGUUGUUCAUCUGAGGCAUUGCCAUCAGUCAGGAGUUUCUUUGCAGCAGUUGGGCCCAGGUUGAGUUAAGUUCACUGUCAGCCCCUCUCCCAGAAAGGGCAGAAAUACAGUUUCAACAAUUAGUAUCAAUUAGCAUCAAUUAAUGAAUUCUGAGAACUUUAGUAAAAUGUUUUCUACUCAGAUUUAUGUGACUGAAACUGUUCUGUGACGCUUUUUGCUUUGCUUUUUUGUGAAGUAUUUGUUCUACAUUUAGGUGCUUGCCUCCCUGGAGUGUCUGGCACAUCUCUGAUUCAUGCAUUAGUACUUGGGCUUUCACUUUUACCUGCUUUCAGUAGGAAAUUCUUGCACACCUGGGGUUGUGCUCUGCUUCAGGGCAUGGUAUAAAUACAUACACACACCUAAGGCUCACACAAACAGCAGGCAGGAGUCAUUUAUUGGGGAGAUAUUAUGUGAGAAGAAGAAUAAUUAAAAGCACUUCCAACUCCCUUUAAAGGCUGAAUGACUUUGCAUUGCACAGCAUUACAAAACACUGGUGGCAGGGAGGAUUCCUUGGUGCACGGUGCCAUUUUUCAGAUGGGUGCAGGAUGGGUACUGCCAUGUUCAGACUUGCAGCCACACUAGGGCUCAGUGAAGCUCCUGAGUUAGGAGCAGACAUCUUGUGUCCUCUAACUGGAGCAAGUUAGGCACCAAGUCCAAAUUUUAGAUCCCUGGCAUGUCAUCUUAGUUACUGCCUGAUGCCAGCAGUGCUCUGGCUUUUGCCGCUCAAGUUCCCUUAGUAUCCAAAACUGCUACAGCCUCAGCAGCAGGGAGCCUCAGCCCUGAGUUAGAUCUGUGUUCAUAUUGCUAUUGCACGCAGUAUCCUUUGUAUCCCAGUAUCCCAGUGCACAGGCACUGCUUGGAAAGUUGGGAAAAUUCUUGUCCUUCCUUGGAUAAUGGCAAGGAAAGGCACCAGUAGAGGAGUUCCAGUGAACUGCAGCGUAACACUGUCUUCUUUUCUAGAAACUCAAAACCAAGAGGCUUUUACCAUUCUCCCAGAAAUAUUGUUGCAGAAA